UCUCAAUUUCAAAAGGGUAUAUCAUGAGACUGCACACAAACAUUAGGGUGUGUAAUAAAAGAGAAGUUCAGCAUUCCUCUGCGGUUUGAAAUAGAUGGGUUUUCAUUUUACACCCGUGAAGGAGGAACAUAUACAAUCGUUUCCACAAAUCGCGGUCUUUCAUCUUCAUUAAUUGCUGUUAUAAUAUUUGAUUGACAAUGGCGAACGGUCAUCACUUCGAGUCUGGCGUGCCGAUUGUCAAGUCGAAAGGAACACCGACUUCGGUGAUUUGUGCAGUACUCGUCAUCGUGCUCAUAACCGUUGCCGCUCUCGUUGGCAUCGCGAUGCACAUCUACACCUUAGAGCUUUCCAGACAAGGUGGUAAAGGCAUGGUCAAUAAGACGGAAACGACGGAGUCAAUGACCACGACUGCCACUACGCCAAUGACUACUCCCGAACAGAUGACCACCACAUCUAUGGAUACCACAGUGGAUAUUACCACUCCUGAACCUUGCUUGAUGCCAGAGAAUGUUUCUGUUGAGGAAUUUGACCUGGUGGUCGGCGAGGUACUAAAUGUGACGUCACCAUGUUUCCCCUCCGAGGACGACCUCCCUCCAGGCACGACCAUGGUGUUCAACGCUCCAGAAGGAUACAGGGUCAAGAUCUCUUUCAGCGAGUUCAGAUUCGAUCCAUAUGGACUGAAUCGAAUUUGGUUAGGUAACGGUGAAGUUCCGAGGUCCUCCGAAGGGUUCAUAGGAUACUUCCAAGGCUACGAUCUCCCGCCCGACGUGGUGUCUACUGAUAGCACUAUGUGGUUGAUGAUGUUUUCUCCUUAUUAUUACAUGAAUGCUGCAUUUGAAGCCGAGGUGUCUGCCGUCACCGAUCAAGACGCCCAGAUAAACUGCCCAGGUACAUCUCAACAAUGUCGGUAUGCUUUGAUGUGUUUCACUGAAGAAGAAGUAUGUAGUGGAGAGUCCGACUGCCCAAGCGGAACCGACGAAAUUGGAUGUGAUUGUUUGAGUGCCCGAGAUAUCAAAUGUCCAGAUGGACAAUGUAUCCAACGUGACCAAAUGUGUGACGAGUUUCCGUCUUGUGACAACGAUAAUGCCAACUGUAACUUUCGGUGUCCAGAAGGAUAUAACAUAUCCACGUUACUAUUUUGUGACAGUGUCAACGAUUGUGGGGACCAUUCAGAUGAACAACAAAAUUGCGCUUGUGACCACGAGAAUCUUCACUUAUGUGGGAGUGGGGAGUGUAUCUACGAUUACAAUGUCUGUGAUGGCGUAUCGCAGUGUAGUAACGGCUCCGAUGAGGAAAAUUGCGUUUGUCAGAGCUGGCAGGUGAUUUGUCCGAACAAUAACACAUGUAUGCCCUGGUGGAUAAGAUGUGACGGUGUCGACGAUUGCGGUGAUAACAGUGAUGAACAGGAUUGUCCAGUGUGUCAUGAGAACGCAUAUGAUUGUGGCAAUCAUCAGUGUAUACCAGCUUCUUGGGGGUGCGAUGGAAUCUCUGACUGCUAUGACGGGCAAGACGAAGAAAAUUGCCCACCACCGGAACCAUGUGAGGAGGGCGAGUUCCAGUGCGAGGAUGGAAAGUGUCUGCGCCAGGCCCUGGUAUGUGACGACGUAGAACAAUGCGACUACGGUGAAGACGAAAAUGCAACACUCUGCGGCAGAGACGAGGAAGAUUCUGAUUGUUACGGGUACGAAUGUGGAGAUGGGUCUUAUUGUAUCCCUUUGGAUUAUAUAUGUGACGACUACGCUGAUUGCGAUAAUGCAGAAGACGAGGAGUACUGUGAAGAAGAAGAAGAGUGUGAGGAGGGGUAUUCUCCGUGCCCCGGCCGAUCCUGUAUUGCAAAUAAAUACCUCUGUAACGGAAUAACUGAUUGUCCAGGAGGAGUAGACGAGGUCAACUGUACAGCCACACCUCCAGAUCCAUGUGUAUCUAUCAACGGUUCGGAAUACUUUGUGUGUGAUGGUAAAGAGGACUGCCCCGGAGGAACAGAUGAAUCACGACCUGAGUGCAAUUGCGGAACGAUUCCUUUGUCUCAGUCGAGAAUCAUCGGUGGUCAGGAUUCGGAAAGGGGAAAUUGGCCAAUGCAAAUCUUAAUCAGCACUGAGAAUACGUCGGCCAAUCUCUUUUGCGGAGGCACUAUUCUCAACCGUCGUUGGGUACUGACUGCUGCUCACUGUGUGUUGCCAAGUACGGUUGGAAAUGUCUACGUCGUCGCAGGUGUGACGGAUGUGAAUGAAAACAACUCUACCUGGCAGUUCAGGCUCAUCGCUGACGCCGUAUGCAAUCCCGAGUUCGCCUCCAAUACCUUUCUCGGGGGUGACAACUGUCUCUUGCUCAUGGAUGAACCCUUUGAGUUCAAUGAAUACGUGCAGCCGGUCUGCAUACCUGGCCCCAACUUUACCCUUGAUCACUACGCCACCGCCGUGGGAUGGGGACAAACAGGGGGAGGAUACAUAGCUCCUAAUCUUCAGGUGGUCCGCCUACCCGUAUGGCCAGACAAUAUUUGUGACAGAUAUAGUUACUUUGGCAGUGAUAAUGUUGAAAAAGUAAUCUGCAUCGGUUACGAGAAGGGAGGCCAUGGAUUAUGCUUUGGCGAUUCUGGUGGAUCUAUUCUUAUGGAGAGGGAUAAUCUCUGGUACGUCGUCGGGACUGUGUCGGGUGGGAGUGAAUGCGGUGCUCCGUUCACACCCAGCAUAUGCACAAAAACUUCCUACUAUUACCAAUUCAUCAAUGACACCAUAAACAAUGUCUAUCCGGACUAUUGAUGAAAAAAUAUCUCAUAGAGACAGCGUUUUAUGAUGAUGGUUGAUGAAUAGUAGUGUAUAUGGCAAAUCUGUCAAUUUUGACUUUUAUUGUCUUCUUCUUUUUUAUAACGACCAUAAAUUGUUUCCUUUUGGGUCUUUUUAAACAUUUAUCCACUUAUGAAAAAUAAUUGAUAUUUUUGGACAUUUGUUUUUUAUUUGAAAAGAAAUAGUAAGAUAAUACUAUUCUAUUGGAUUGACGAAGAAAUUUCUUAUCGACGGAGUAAUCAAGUUUUCUAUAUAGCCAAACGUAUGUUAUGUAAUCACAAACCCUCUCGCAAGUUCCGACAUGCAUCAAAUUCAAACCUUUUUUUGAGAGAGAGACUAAGUGUUUCGAAAGAAUAUAUUCAAGUACUUGUAGUCGUGGUAGUCGACAAAAAUAUAGAAAAAUUGAUAGUGUUCUUUUAUUUUUUGCUCAUGAACUUUUAAUUGAUUGCAUACACUAUCAUUUUGUUUUCUCUAUGCAUAAACAGAUUUUAUAUCCUUAUAGAAUAUGAACUGAAAUAAAGACCCUCGUCAUCACACACAAAAUGUGGAAUAUCCCACUCACCAUAGACCUAUUAUCAUGUGUAAUGGUAGCAUCAUACUGUGAAUCAUUCAGAAUACAAAUGAUAUAUGUUAUUUGUUUGUUGAUUUCCUUUUAGUAAUCGAUGCAAGUUUAAAAUUUGUUUCUUUAUAUAUAUAUACUUGCCAAAUAUCAUAUUACAUUGGUCAGUGUUGGUGUAUUAAUAGUAAAAUGCUAAAUUUGUAUCGUUUGUUGUUUAUCCCUCAUUUGGUUAGGUCUAUAUUCUGAUUGUGUAUAAUAUGAGGAAGAAUAGAAAAUUUUAUGAAAUCUGUUGAAUGUCAUACCUUUACAUUCUUCGUACAGACAGUAGUGAGUAACACGUUUAAUCCUAGUGACAUGUUGGGGGUAUUUGGAUUAGUUGCGAUGUAAUUUUCAUGAGGUGAAAGGGAAAAAAGUUUAAAAUUUCACAAUGUUGAUGCAUUUGUAUAUAUGUCACAUUCAUAUUCAUGUCACUGUGCUGUAUAGAUUUGAACGUCUUAGUAAUCCCCAAUAGGUGUAUAUUCAUGGUUGAAAUCAAUGGCAUAAACGGAUAUGAAUAGUCUGCAGACACAGACCCGUGGCUUUCGCAAUUCAUAUAAUGCUUAAUGCAGUCUGAAGUAGUGAGACUAGAUUCACUAUGUACUGUGAUGGCUGGCUCAUCUCUAUGGGCUGGCUCUACAGUACACAACCCGAGAGUUGGGUGUCUCAUAGUACUUAUAGUCUUCACUCUAGACACGGUGGUUAAAGUGUCAAGUAUGAGUCUGUGCUUGCAGACUAGGCUAUGAAAGUGGAUACAUGAGAGAGCUAUGGUUUAUCAGCAAAGGUAAGAUUAUUUGCUGAUAUGAAUUAAUUUAACCAAGACAUGGGUGCCGAUUGGUGUUCAUUAUUGAGGGAAUCCUGAAGACAGGGGGGCCGGGGGGUAAAUUUCAACAAGAUAAUGUCAUGUAUAAAAACCAAAACGCAGGACGAAUCCAAGAACACACUUAAAUGCAAGUCAAAGCACAAUCAACAGCUGGGAGGUCUUUGUCGAAAAUUGGUGAACUGGAAUAGCAGAUCCAUCCUAUUAAAGUUUUAUCUAACUUCUGAGCGAAAUGUAGCCCUACUCUCUAUACUCUACUCUCUAUACUCCCCCAAGUAAUUAGUUAAGGCUGGAGCAUAUUAUGUGCAGGCUUCCAGCAAUUUUACCACGAUAACCUUCAGAAUUUUAUUUUUCAACUUAUAUCGCAUAUUUCUAAUUACAUCUAAAAUAGUCACAACAAGAUUGGUUCCCCCAUUAUAGCCUCAAUUUGAUUUUGCUCAUUAAAUUUCACCAAAAAGAAAUUCUUAGAAAGAAAACAAAACAUUUCGAAUCUGCUACCGCAUCUGUCAGGUACUAUAGUUAGGUCAUUAAUAAUAAUAAUAAUAAACAGUUCUUGUAUAGCGCAUAUCACGAUUAUGAAUAAUGUCUCUAUGCGCUUCCAAAGGACUUGGAUAUUAUUACCCCAGCUGUAGCUUGGCAGCCGUAAUUACUAAGAUUACAGCGCACACGCAUUUCAAGGAAUAAAUUCCUGCCAGGUACCCAUUCACCUCACCUGGGUUGAGUGCAGCACAAUGUGGAUAAAUUUCUUGCCGAAGGAAAUUACGCCAUGGCUGGGAUUCGAACCCACAACCCUCUGUUUCAAAGUCCGGAGACUAAUCCACUGGGCCACAACGCUCCGCGUUACCAUGUAUAAACUUAUCCUCUCAUGCACUCCCUCUUUCGCCCCCAUCCAGUUCUCUCUCCCACUCCCUCUCUGUGUCUGUCUGUCUGUCUCCAUCCCCCCGCUGCAUGUCCCCCUUAUUUUUACUGCCCCCCCCCUCUCUCUCUCUCCUAUUUUGUUCUCAAUUUCAAAAGGGUAUAUCAUGAGACUGCACACAAACAAUAGGGUGUGUAAUAAAAGAGAAGUUCAGCAUUCCUCUGCGGUUUGAAAUAGAUGGGUUUUCAUUUUACACCCGUGAAGGAGGAACAUAUACAAUCGUUUCCACAAAUCGCGGUCUUUCAUCUUCAUUAAUUGCUGUUAUAAUAUUUGAUUGACAAUGGCGAACGGGUAUGUUGUACAUUUUAAUCCUUCUUUGAAUAAGUUCGACUUUCUUUGCUUUCUAAAAUUACCUAAAAUAUCCGGAUAAAUUCGGUAAAAAGUUAUAUGUAUCUCCACAAGGAUCAAUAAAAAUAUUGGGGCGACCCAUUUUGAAGCCGAUUGUUACGGGUGUAUAAAAAUGAGGAAACCCGAAUAUCUUUUUUUGUUAAUGAUAACUUAAGGUGACGAUGAUCAAGAUAAUAUCAAUCAGUAUUCGAAAUAAGUUUUAGGUUUCUCUGGUCAUUUACACACUGCGUGGUUAAAAAGUUGUGUCAGAUUGCAGAUGUUUCCCUAUUAUAAUCGGGAAAUCGACCUUUUUGCCACGAAGAAUUAGAAUACUCUAUCCAGGCCUAUAUCAAUUGCAUUAUGCUUAUCACUAUCAGGCAUCUGAAUUGAAGUUUCUAAUUGUUAUUCAUUUUAAGAAAAAAGGGGUUUCAGAUGAGGAAUAUAUUUUCAUGUGCUCAACAAGCUUUGCUUUUAUACAGACCAACUCUUUCCCAUACUGUAUAUCUGAUAUUCUCAACAAAUUGUUCAUGAGCUUAUUACUGUCUUUUUUAACAUCAUUGAUAUUGUACAUGAAUGAAUGUAUUUGUGUACUGCAAAAACUCUGGUGUUAAUUUAUCACCAGCCCGGAAUCUAUAUAUGUCAACACCAGAGAAGUGUUAAACAACACCAGUUUCGUUUUGGUCUAACACGUACUAGAUAGGUGUUUGUACAACACCAAUUAGUAUUAAAACAGCAUCUGUUUGAUUCCAAACUGGUGUUGGUGUGGACAUAGAUUCCAGGCUGGUGUUAAAUCAACACCGGAGUUUUUGCAGUGUGCCUUUCAGUGGAAAGAAAUAAACUUGAACUUGAACUUCCAUGUUUGAAUAUUAUGUAUACAUUAGAAAUGUGUUUAAUUACCAUGCAUGUGAAGUAGCUGCAUAUUGGUAAUAUUAUUUUAUAACAAUGGUUAUAAGUGACUUGCGCUCUCAAAACCGAAUUGAAUAAUAAUUCCAAUCUAAUUUCUCCUUUUCAAUUGAUAUUUUAAUAGAAAUGUGACUUCUCUUAUAUUUAAAAGUUAUCUUUCUUUUUUUUCAUCCUGUAUUCAUUUCAUCAAUGAAAUUUCUCAAAACAAAACAUGAUGAAGCCAUAAAAUUUGAUUUUUCAUAAUAAUGAUCAUAAUCAUCGUUGCGUAAGUUACAUAGUUUAUAACAUAAACGAUGUAAUUUAAACAGCGAUGUCAUUUACUAUGUAACUUACACAAUUAUGUCAUUUACUAUGUACUUUACACAAUGUCAUUUACUAUUACACAACGAUGCCAUUUAAUAUAUGUUACUUACACACUGAUGUCAUUUACUAUGUAAUUUACUCAACGAUGUAAUUUACUAAAUAAACUUACACAACGAUGCCAUUUACUACGUAACUGACACAACGAUGCCAUUUACUACGUAACUUACACAACAAUGUCAUUUACUAUUUAACCUACACAACGAUGCCAAUUACUAUACGUAACUUACACAACGAUGUCAUUUACUAUGUAACUUACACAACGAUGUCAUUUACUAUGUAACUUACACAACGAUGUCAUUUGCUAGUAACUUACACAAUGAUGUCAUUUACUAUGUAAUUUACACAACAAUGUCAUUUACUAGUUAACCUACACAACGAUGCCAAUUACUACGUAACUUACACAACGAUUCCAUUUGCUAUGUAACUUACACAAUUAUGUCAUUUACUAUGUACUUUACACAAUGUCAUUUACUAUUACACAACGAUGCCAUUUAAUAUAUGUUACUUACACACUGAUGUCAUUUACUAGUUAACCUACACAACGAUGCCAAUUACUACGUAACUGACACAACGAUGCCAUUUACUACGUAACUUACACAACAAUGUCAUUUACUAUUUAACCUACACAACGAUGCCAAUUACUAUACGUAACUUACACAACGAUGUCAUUUACUAUGUAACUUACACAACGAUGUCAUUUACUAUGUAACUUACACAACGAUUCCAUUUGCUAUGUAACUUACACAAUUAUGUCAUUUACUAUGUAAAUUACACAACAAUGUCAUUUACUAUGUAACCUACACAGCGAUGCCAUUAACUAUACAUGACUUACACAAUGAUGUUCAUUUACUAUAUAAUUUACUCAACGAUGUAAUUUACUAUGUAACUUACACAAGGAUGCCAUUUACUAUGCAGCUUACACAACGAUGUCAUUUGCUAGUAACUUACACAAUGAUGUCAUUUACUAUGUAAUUUACACAACAAUGUCAUUUACUAGUUAACCUACACAACGAUGCCAAUUACUACGUAAUUUACUCAACGAUGUAAUUUACUAAAUAAACUUACACAACGAUGCCAUUUACUACGUAACUGACACAACGAUGCCAUUUACUAUGUAACUUACACAACGAUGUCAUUUACUACGUAACUUACACAACAAUGUCAUUUACUAUUUAACCUACACAACGAUGCCAAUUACUAUACGUAACUUACACAACGAUGUCAUUUACUAUGUAACUUACACAACGAUGUCAUUUACUAUGUAACUUACACAACGAUGUCAUUUGCUAGUAACUUACACAAUGAUGUCAUUUACUAUGUAAUUUACAUAACAAUGUCAUUUACUAGUUAACCUACACAACGAUGCCAAUUACUACGUAACUUACACAACGAUUCCAUUUGCUAUGUAACUUACACAAUGAUGUCAUUUACUAUGUAACCUACACAGCGAUGCCAUUAACUAUACAUAACUUACACAAUGAUGUCAUUUACUAUAUAAUUUACUCAACGAUGUCAUUUACUAUGUAACUUACACAACGAUGCCAUUAACUAUGUAGCUUACACAACGAUGCCAUUUACUACGUAACUUACACAACGAUGCCAUCUGCUAUAUGUAACUUACACAAUGAUGUUAUUUACUAUGUAAUUGUCAUUUACAAUGUAACCUACACAACGAUGUCAUUUACUAUGUAACUUACACAACGAUGUCAUUUACUAUGUAACUUACACAACGAUGUAAUUUACUAUGUAACCUACACAACGAUGUCAUUUACUAUGUAACUAACACAUCGAUGUCAUUUACUAUGUAACUUACACAACGAUGUCAUUUACUAUGUAGCUUACACAACGAUGUCAUUUACUUUGUAACUUACACAACGAUGCCAUUUACUACGUAACUUACAGAACGAUGCCAUUUGCUAUGUAACUAACACAUCGAUGCCAUUUACUAUGUAACUUACACAACGAUGUCAUUUACUAUGUAACUUACACAACGAUGUCAUUUACUAUGUAACUUACACAACGAUGCCAUUUACUACGUAACUUACACAACGAAGUCCAACAUGCGUCCAAAAAAAUCGGAUGUUUACUCUUUCCAUCGUUAUGAUUAUCAUAACGGCACUUCUUUUGGAAGUUAUAUUGUGUCUGUAUAAAUAUCAUUGAUUUUUUUAUUAUUGAUUAUUGAUGAGAACUGCAAUCAAUCCAAGGACUGAUUUAAUGGUAAACAUACACAAAUGCAACGAUGCUUAAACGAUAAGUAUAGAUUGCUUUAAAAAAAACGAUGAACAUAGAUCGCUUAACGAAAAAGAAAAUAUAUAAACAAGAAAUAAAAUUAAAAGUGGUGUUGGUUAAAAUCAACCAAAAGAAAAUAAAAAUUAUGUGACAACUCAUUACAAAAUAUUUGGAUGCAUUAUUUUUAUGAAACAAUAAAUUACAAGAAGUUUGUAUUUUUUGGGUUUUUUUUAAUGAUAAUACUAAACGAUCGACUACUGUAAAUUUUAGGUUAUGUAUACAUGACCUAAAAUUUACAGUAGUCGAUCGUUUAGUAUUAUCAUUAAAAAAACAAAAAAAAAUACAAACUUCUUGUAAUCGUAACAGUUAACAUCCUAUAGGAUGUUAACUGUUACGAUAUCAGUAUUGAUAUCUAAGCACUUCAUACACCUCCCGCAACAUGGAUACCAUGCCUGUUGAUUGGCCUGCCUAGCUGGCCUGUAUAAUAAAACUGUAUAUACGUUCA